CCCUGUCUUGCAAGGAUGGCAGUUUUGCACAAGACUGAGGAGAAGCAACAUGUCGCUACCCAUCUCUGCUGCUAAAGCACUAUGCCAUAUCCGGAGGAACUUGCUCUGGAGAGCGAGGAGGACAAUCAUUCCUCCGAUGAAAGUGGUGAUGACAGCGAGGACGAAUAUAACCACUUCGUGCUUCGUCUUGACCCCGUUGAGGAUAUCCCUGAUGAAAACGGGGAGAACAUUGCACCUACACCACCAAGGAAAAGAGCACGACGUCUGUCCAAACAGGAGCCGUUGUCAUGGAAGCAGUGGUUAAAUUGGCUUUUGUGAGGAGGGGGAGCCCUUGUGUGCGGUCAAUGGUCAUCUUUCAAAAGCAUCUUUAUUUAUAUCGCUCUCACAUAAAUUAUGAAUUAAUGCAUUAUUACACUAAAGGGGCUCUUUUUCUACUUCUAAUGUGUAGGGGUUGAAUCGUUUUUCAAACAGGCUACAAUUCAAUGUAUUAUCUUUUUAAUAUCCUCAAACAACAUUAAGAAACGUAUUUAUUAUUAGCACAUAACAAAGCUGCAUGCAGAAUAUAAAAUGUAUGUUCAUGAUUACAUUAGUGCAGCUAUCAUUAAAACAGACAUUGAUAUUUAUACAGUAUAUCCUCACUUGUUUCAGGAUCAUUGGAAUCUAUUACAGUUUUUCAAAAUUACUUUGCACCAACAACCUUAAGUUAGCCUAUGUGAACUUUAAUAUUUUGUGUAAUUCAGAGCUGAAACCACAACAUAGGGACACAUGUCCUUAUAUCAUAUUAGCCUAGUAUUUUAGUUAAAUUGUUAUUGUCCAAAUUGGGAUUAUUGGCCUGAUUAUAUGUGACAAGAUCAUUACGUGAAGAUCCCCAUCAACAUGUAAUCUGGAUAAUUUGAUGAUGCUAUGCUGUCUUCAGAGUGUCAAGAGAGCAGGUAGGCUACAAGAUUUGACAUUUGCUAGCGGCUAGCUAGCCAGUGGUUUGUAUGGUGUUGCUCGCUUUUUAGUGCGGGCGUCAUUGGCCAUCAUAGGCGUUUGUUGUGCCCUUGUCCCCCUAUGGAUAUUAGCCCCUUGAUGCGAGUUCAACUGCACUUUGUUGCAAAGUUGUGCCAUGUUUUUUCUUUGGGUUAGGAUAGCUUGGCUAGUCGGCUAUUAGGUUCUGUUCUGAGUGAAGGCUAAACUGCUUGGCAGCGUCCUUUAAGUUAGUUUAGUUAAUUUGUUGUUUCAGGCUGAAAUGUCAGUCUGAAUACCAAAAACAGAUCAUAGAACACUAACCUUCUUCACACAUUCUAGCGGUGGCGCUUUGAUGGACAGCUUAUUAACAACAACAAUGAUCCUUUAGAAAACCGUCUUAACAAUCACCAAAGAUUGUAGGUGUCGAUUUUUGACGUGCACUUCACGAGAAUCAGUAGAAUGCCCUAUAUGACAUCUCAUAAUUCCAUGUAUCAUUGAUUGGCUACAGUGUCUUUGAGUAGUCUUGUGAGUUAUAUAGUCUCAUAUUGCAAUGCGUUUGUCAGGAGAUGAACAAAUAUUAAAAGUAGUAUAUGAUUAUUUUACACUGAGGGAGACGGAGCUGAGCUCCGGUGGGGUUUGAUGUGGACCUAAGGAGGCGGAGCUGAGCUCCGGAGCGCUCCGGCCCAAUUUAACCUCUGCAUGGAAGUCAGAAAAUGACAAAGAUGCCGCUCCAGCAACACUGCGGUUUCUUCCUGCAAGGGAGCCUGGUGUGCAGCUGAGUGCAGCAGACAACCACACUCCUCUGGACCUCUUCAAACUCUUCUUUUCAGAUAGUGCUGUGGAAACACUCUGCAAAAACACCAACAAGCAAGCUGCAAGGUCCAUAGCCAGAGGCGUGGAGUAUAAAUGGACGGAUGUUGGCGUUUCUGAAUUCUACAGAUACAUUGGACUGAUCUUCCUCAUGGGCAUGGUCAAGCUGACUGAUGUACGUGACUACUGGAGGAAAUGCUACUACCACACCGUCCCUGUAGCAGCAGAGGCGAUGGCAAGAGACAGAUUCCGAACAAUAUCCUGGAAUGUGCACAUGAGCGACCCAGAUGAGGACAGAGUGAAUGAUGCCAAGAGGGGAACCUCAGCACAUGACAGGCUGUUCCGGCUCAAACCCCUCAUGGACACUAUCCGGAAUGCCUGUAAGGCAUUCUAUCAGCCUCGCAGGAACAUAGCUGUGGAUGAGCGUAUGGUGGCUUCCCCUAAGUGUGGUUUCAAGUUGUUUGUGCUGGCAGACUCCAGCAAUGGGUACACUUUGGACAUUUCUGUGUACAAUGGAAAUAACAACUUCCUAACAGGGCAAGGUCUCUCUUAUGACUCUGUCAUGUCACUGAUUGACAAAGGGUAUUUGGGGUCGGGAUAUCAUGUGUACAUGGACGAUUUCUACACAAGCCCAAAGCUUUUCAGGGACUUGUUUGCUGCCAAGUUUGGUGCUUGUGGAGCAUACAAGGAUGUACGGAGGGGCUGCCCACGCAGUGCUGUCAAUGCACUGAACAAGAUGUCCCCUACAGGAACGUACCGCUGGAAGUGGUUUUUGUAA